GCACGCGCGACCCCAAUAAAUUUUAAUCAUCACUGCAGACUCAAACCGUGCAAUCACACGGACCCACCUAAUCUCCCCCUUAAUCGUCGUCUCACCUCCUCCAACUAUACAUACAACUUUCCUGUACAUAUAUGUGCAGGCCAUCAUUUUUAUGUGCUAUUUUCUCCAAAAGCUAUAUUCUUUGUAGUUCUAGCCUUUUUGAUUUCCAGCGUUGAAGCUUUAAAGAAAGCAGCUUUUAAAAAUGAGGACUGUUGAUUCACACACCUUCAUGACUUUGUCCUUUUCUCAGAUCUAAAGAGCUUUCUACAAAUCCGGGUACGGCGGUACGUGAAGCAAUGUCGUUGGGCCGUGCUGGUUUUGAUUACUUGCUCUGAUAGACUAAAAAGAUUUGGGUGAGGAAAGAUGGAGGAAAAUGGGGCAGAGGAUUGGAGGGAGAUGGUGAGGAAAAUGCUUCCUCCAGGAGCGUCCAUCCCGGAUGAGGACAGAAUGGAUUAUUCGAUUGCUAUUGAGUACAACGGCCCUCCAGUUUCGUAUGAGCUCCCCAGAGUGGAGCCUCUUGACAUGGAUGACGAUGCAAUUCCAACUGCUGAGCCUGUUUCAGAAUCUCGAAGAUCAGUGGCUCGUGAAACAGCAGCUGUAGUAGAACCAAUACCAUUGCCCAUGUCUCGGAUUGCUAGAGUUACUAGUCCAACCAAUCAAAGCCCUAGGAUGUCAGGAAGUUCAGAGUCUGGGGUUUCUGUGUUGCAGAAUAACGACUUUGCUUCACAUUCUGCUUCAGCAUCACCUGGUUCAGUGCAUAGUCGAGAUAGUCAUGUAGCAAAAGAGCAUGCCAAUGAAGGAAGGAGAGCCACUGUGGUCACGUUUAAUACUGUUGAUAGAUCCGAGAGGAGAGUGGUAGAUGCUGAGAAACAGGUGUAUCCUGAAUUUGUUAGUGUGACAAAAGAGAAGAAGAAGAGAAAGAAAACGAGAGUAUGCUAUAGGUGUGGGAGAGGGAAGUGGGAAACCAAGGAGUCCUGCCUCGUUUGUGAUGCUAAAUAUUGCAGUAACUGUGUGCUCAGAGCAAUGGGCUCGAUGCCAGAAGGGCGUAAAUGUGUUACCUGCAUUGGGGAACCAAUUGAUGAAACAAAUCGGUCCAAAUUGGGUAAACAGUCAAGGUUGUUGUCACGAUUACUUAGUCCUUUGGAGGUCAAACAUAUAAUGAAGGCGGAAAAAGAAUGUGCUGCUAAUCAGCUUCGUCCGGAGCAGCUUAUUGUGAAUGGAUAUCCUUUAAAACCGGAAGAGAUGGCGGAACUUUUUGGAUGCCUUCUGCCUCCCAAGAAGUUGAAGCCAGGCCGGUAUUGGUAUGACAAGGAAUCGGGUCUUUGGGGAAAGGAGGGAGAAAAACCUGACAGGAUUAUUAGUUCAAAUUUGAAUUUCACUGGAAAACUCAGUCCUCAUGCAAGCAAUGGGAAUACUGAGGUAUACAUGAAUGGUCGAGAAAUCACAAAACUGGAGCUGAGAGUGCUGAAGCUUGCGAAUGUACAAUGCCCACGUGAUACCCAUUUUUGGGUGUAUGAUGAUGGUCGUUAUGAGGAAGAAGGUCAAAAUAAUAUCAGGGGAAACAUCUGGGAAAAGGCUUCAACAAGAUUUGUGUGCUCCUUAUUCUCUUUGCCUGUGCCUCAAGGUCAGCCUCAUGUUCACAGGGAUGAGGCUAGCAACUAUACAACUAUACCAAAUUUUCUUGAGCAGAAAAAAAUUCAGAAGCUUCUUCUACUUGGACUCACUGGCACUGGAACCAGCACUAUUUUCAAGCAGGCCAAAUUUUUGUAUGGUAGUAAGUUUACAUUUGAGGAAAUCCAGGAGAUCAAGCUUAUGAUUCAGAGCAACAUGUACAAGUAUCUCAGCAUUCUCCUCGACGGUCGGGAGCGCUUUGAGGAGGAGGCAGUGUCGGAGAGCAAACGGCAAGAUUCUGGCGAACAGGUCUCUGAAUCAGGGGACGUCUUGGAUUCUAACGACCGUAACCAAUGUAUUUAUUCACUCAAUCCGAAGUUGAAGCAUUUCUCCGACUGGCUCCUAGACAUCAUAGCCACUGGAGAUUUGGAUGCUUUCUUUCCUGCCGCAACACGUGAAUACGCUCCACUUGUCGAAGAAGUGUGGAGAGAUCCUGCUAUACAGGAGACAUACCGGAGAAAGAGUGAACUUCACUUUCUACCAGAUGUGGCCGAAUACUUCUUGAGCAGGGCAGUUGAAAUAUCAAGUAAUGAAUAUGAACCUUCGGAUCGUGAUAUACUGUAUGCGGAAGGGGUGACUCAGGGUAAUGGCUUGGCCUUUAUGGAGUUCUCCAUGGAUGACCGCAGCCCAAUGUCGGAAACCUACACCGAAAAUCUGGAAGCUGCACCCCCUCCUCUGACCAGGUAUCAACUGAUAAGAGUGAACGCCAAGGGGAUGAACGAAGGGCGCAAGUGGGUCGAAAUGUUUGAGGACGUCCGUGCAGUAGUCUUUUGCAUCGCGUUGUGCGAUUAUGAUCAGGUGUGGAUAUGUCCGGAGGGCCAAGGUAGCGGUUCGCUGCUUCAGAACAAGAUGAUUCAGAGCCGGGAGCUCUUCGAGACGAUGAUCAAGCACUCGUGUUUCACAAACACCCCGUUCGUCCUGGUCCUGAACAAGUACGACCUGUUCGAGGAGAAGAUCAGCCGCGUCCCUCUAGGCACCUGUGAGUGGUUCACCGACUUCAGCCCCGUCCGGCCCUACCACAACAACCAGUCUCUGGCGCAGCAGGCCUACUUCUAUGUCGCCAUGAAGUUCAAGGACCUCUACGCCUCCCUCACCGGCCGCAAGCUCUUUGUGUGGCAGACAAGAGCGAGGGAGAGGUCCACAGUCGACGAGGCGUUCAAAUACAUAAGGGAAGUGGUGAGGUGGGACGACGACAAGGAUGAGAACUACUAUAAUGGCGCGGAGGACUCCUUCUAUAGCACGACGGACGUGAGCUCCUCGCCAUUCAUCCGGCAAGAGUAAGAACUCGAGCUUCUCUCCUUUUUCAUCUGAGAAAACGUGAUUCUUGAAAAGCUGCAGCUAAGAAUGUACAUAAAUGGAAGAAAGAAAAAAUGAGAGACGAAAGUGAAAUAAGUUUUUGGAUGUUAAAUUUGCGGAGCUCAUGAUUGAGUUGGCACUUGAGAGUCUGAUUGUGACACUGUUUGUAUACAUAUUUAAGCCACUCCAGAAAUAUGUGUUUUGUGUCAAUAGAUGCCAAUUUCCAAGUACACAUUUUUUUAAUAACACUAUUUUAAAUUA